GUCUCCUUGUCCGUCCUCCUCACCGGUCCGGCCUCAGUCUGAAAGACAGGGCUUCGGGUCUCUGAGCUAAACAGCCCUGUGCUGAAUCACCACUGAUACCCUUGGAUGGACGGAGAGGACCCAUGGAUGGACAGAUGGAAACAGAUCUCUUGGAUGGAGUGGACAGACAGCUGCGGACAGUGGACAGCACACUUGGUUGGACAGAAGGAUGCACAGAGUAGAUACUUGGACAGACAUAGACGGACAGUCUACUUGGAAGCUCAGACAGAAAGUCUAGUACUACAUUCAUUACAAUAAAAAAUAACAGUUUAACUAAAACUUUAUGAACGUGGGCUUUAUGUUUUUCUGCCCGCAAAGCCUGCUUUCGCAUGCCGCGCUUCGCCCGCCCAGACGGAACAGUACUGCAGUGCAGAGAGCUGGCCGCCAGAGGGCAGCAAGCGAGCACUCACACCGUGAGCUCAAAUGAAACUGAAAAUGUAACUACAGGAAAGUUGAAGUCAAGAAAACAGGCGGGGAAUUCAGCAGCUGACAGGCCGCUGACGAAUUUAAUGUUUUUUUUUUAAGAGUAAUAUGUAUAUUGUAAAUUAAUCUUUCUGCGAUUGCUUGAGGUUUUUGGUUACGAUGGAGCAGCCUCAGAAUGACGGACUGAGAAACGGAGCAGACCCAGGAGCUGUGCAAGUGAAGUUUCCCUGCUGUGCAAAGAUCUCCAGCCUGGAGGCACUGAAGGAGCGGAUCCAGUCCACCCUGAACCAGGGCAGCAGCGACUUCACCUGCCCACAGUGCGCCUUCCGUUGGUCGUGGCCUCAAGUGCGACAACUGGCUCUGCUGAGUGAGGAGGAGAGGGUGGGACUGGAGAGGAAAAUUCUAGAGCUCAGUGUGGACAACACUGACCAAUACAGGAAGGUCAGCGCGGUGUGCGGCCCCUGCUCUCUGGACCUGCGCCGCCUGUACCGCUUCUGCUGGGACUGUCUGCGGGAGUGGAAGGGGAGGCCGGAGAGAGGGAGGGCCCGUGGGCGCGGGAGCAGCCCGCGGGGGGGGGAGACGGGGAAGGAGGCAGGAGAGAGGCGGGGGGCCCGGUCCCGCUCCAGGGAGGGACACGGGGCCGGGAGGGACGAGGAGGACAGAGCGGAGACCGACUGUGGCAACGACCGCUGCCCCCAGCAGGCACUCCUGCUGCACUGCCCCGUGGUGGACGAGCCGGGAAACGAGGUACACGGCUGCCCCUCGGUCCGCGCCUGCCCCGCCUGCUUCACCCUGGUGUCCCACAUGCUGGACGGCUGUCCCGAGGUGGACUGUCCCAACCUGUCCUGCGGGGCCGCCUUCUGCUUCCGCUGCCUGGAGAUGAACGGGGACCACGAGUUGCCGCACAGGGUGGAGACUGAGGAGGAGGAGGAGGAGGAGGAGGAGGAAGAGGAAGAGGAGGAGGAGGAGGAGGAUUAUGAUGAUGAUCUGGAGUAUGACGAGGACGCGCAUUGCGUCAUUCAGCCCCGGCAGAAACCAUUCUUGUAAGUGGCGGGCGGCAGAGAGAGGGCAGGAGAAGGAAAGAGAGAGGAGAGGAAGGCGAGGAGAAGGGGGAGAGGGUGAGAGAGACAGGGACAGGCAGAGCCUGUACUCCGUCAUUCACCUCUGCCUGCGAGACAAGUCCAUUUUACCCCACUUAUGAUGUGUUGUUGCAAUAGUAGAUCUCCUGAGUACAAAAGGAACUGCAGGUCAGGAACUGGGUGUCCGUGCUUGGCUGAGGAGCCAAUGGUGUGAACCUCCCUUUUGUGAGAUUAUGACUAAGCACUUCUAAGGCAGGAUCUCCCUAAAAGGUACAUUGUGAUUCUGAGGGAUGACAGCUGUGAGCUCAGAGCAGACUGUUCCAGAUCGGGUGGAACAUAAUUGAUUUUCCUAGAGUUUCAAAAACAGAAGGGUAUCACUGAUAAAUAAGUGCAGCUUUAGAGCACCAUCUUUAUCACAGCUGAACAAAUCAGUGAGCACACAUGUUUUGGAAACAAGGGGCUAUGUCUGUAACUCUCUAGAAAUGCUCAAUGUUAUCUCUUUACACUGCAGUCAAACUCAAUUUGUGACUAAGAGUGAGGCCACAUAAAAUCUGUUUCAUUGUUACUGUCCAUGCAAUAAACAGCAUGUUUAAACCAGA